AUGUGUAAUAUUCAUGACACAAACAUCCAGCCAGCUGCCGCCUACCCUGCUGCAACUCAGCCAGGCCCCAUUGCUGCAAACACGGAAAUCAUUAUCCAAAACUUACAGGCUGAGUUAGCUCGGGCUCAGGCUGCUGUUGCAGCUGCUGCCGGCGCUCAAGCUGCAGGAGCUGGCGGUGUCCCUGCCGGUUCAAUCUCUAGGCCUAAGGGUAGUGCGGGAGGUGGCAGGAACAGCUUUCAUCCGCGAGAGAAGAUGGGUCUUGGAGAGUUGGAAAUCCAGAUGUUGAAGUACAACGUCAUUCUGGCUACCAUUCGCCACUGCGCUCACGCCGCAUCUAUUAACUUAAAGGGCGGCUACAAGCAUAUUAAGCCUGAGGACCUUGCGAAGGUCUUUGCUUUGGUACGAGCAAUCUCCGCACAAUAA